UAUAAAUUUAAAUUAAGAAAAACUAACAUUGAAAAAAACAAAAAGUGAAUGUAAAAGAAAAAACUGACAAAUAAUAUUAUAAAUAAAAUAAAUUUAUAAGACACAAUCCGCGCGAAGCGCGGAAAAAAUCUCUAGUUAUUAUAAGUUUUGUUAAAGAAAGCACGUUGCUAUUUACUUUAUUUCUAUUAGACACCGUCCUUCUAGAAGCCGACCCCCCCAAUACUCGCACGUCAUUAAUUUUGCAUACGAACUCCCGUAUUCCGAAACAAAAUGAACCACGACUACAAAAGUGCUCAUAAAAUAAAAUUUAAAUAGUAUAAAACAUCGUGAGUCGUCAAUAAUAAUGGCCACAUUCUGAUUGUGCAUAUAUAUUACAUUGAUACGCACCUGCUGGUGUCGAUUAGCUUGUCAUAAUCCUCUGUUAAGACAAAGAGAAAGAAAAAAAAAAAGAAUAUGAACACAACCAAGAAGGUGUUGGAUGUGUCACCGUUCUUGCUAUUAGAAUCAUCUGCAGAUUCUGAUUCCUAUCGCCAAGGCGGAGGCGCCGAUCAGAUCGAGGGUUCCCACGACGGCGAACCCAAUGUUAACAAUAACAAUUACGCGGAUCGAGAUGAUACUGAUGAGUCUUGUACUGCCAAUCCAUACGAGACGUCUUGUGUGACGACCUGGACACCGAUUUUCGAUGCGGAGGAUACGGUGAAAGAAGAAAUAGUUCUCACAGCAGGGGAGGAAGAAGACGAGGACGGAGAAGGAGAGGUGAACAGCUACAUCAUAAGAUAUAUGAGAAGUCAACGUGAAAAUCUUACCGUUGAUUCUAGUGCGGUGGUGAGUGAGAUGGAUAAAAGUCGAAUGUUCUGGGAAGCUUGUCUCGCUUCCUGAUCUGUCUCAGUGAGAGGGAAAACGAACAACGUCUUCUUGUCUAAGCUAACUAGGUCUAAUACAUGUCUAUCUAUUUUUUUUAUUUGUUUGGGAUUUUUGCUUGCAAAAGUGUCUAAGAAUCACAUCUACCCAUCAAUUAUGUCCACAGAUUUUCUUCAUCAAAUACCAAAAGUAUCAACAUCAAUCUAAUCGAGUUCUCUUGUUAAUUAAUAAUAAUAAAUUUAUGUUUUCACAUGUAUCCAGCUACAAACCCUUCGACAUCUAAUUAAACACUAAGAAACAUAAAUUUAUUAUUAUUAAUAACAUGAGAACUCAAUAAUUUGAUAGUUUCAAAUUUAAUACAGUCCCCCUCUGGUAUAUAUGAAUACAUGUGAAAACAUAAAUUUAUUAUUAUUAACAAGAAUACAUACAUACCAGAGGGGGACUGUAUUAAAUUUGAAAAAGGAGAAACAAGUAGGCAGUUUUUAUUUUUAUUUUUGACGAAAGUAGUAGGCAGUAUUUGUUUGUUGUACAAGUAGGCAGUAUAAUAGUGUACAAGUGGUUUCUUCAUCAAGGAUGCUUUACUAAAUUACUCAAUGCUAAUUGCUUACCCAAUAAUUUGAUAGUUUCAAUUGGAAACCAAUUUUCUUGUUUUAAAUAAACAUCGAUUCUCUACAUAAAAUAAAACAUAAAGAUUCCAUAGCUAGCAAAGCUAAAGAACAAGAACAAAUAAAAGAAAAGUUUGGUGGUUUUACUAUGUAUAUGUGAGCUUCAUCUUUUUUUGACCGAUAAUUGAUUUGAUUUUUCGAAAAAGUCGAUAGUUGAUUUGAUAGUUGUAUAGUGUAUACUUUUAGAUGCUUUUUAAUUACUGGUGUAUCGUAUAUUUAUAUUGGAUUCACCAACAAGAAUCUUUAUAGUCUAGUGACCACUUUUCCACACAUGGAAGUUAAGCUUAUGAUGAUCUUUUGAUGUUAGUCGAAUCUACUAGUUAUGAGCUGGGUUAUUCUAUUAAUUCAGUUAAUCGUCGAGUUGAAAGAAUCCAGCCUUAGUUAUGAAAAAAAGAAGAAGAGUGAAAUAAGGGAAUAUUAAAAGUGGAGGAAAUUCAUAAAGAACCAUAUAAUAAAAGUGUUUUGGAAUAUAAUAGUUUUGUACUAAAGUGGACCAAAUGCUUCUUUUUCGCGCAUGACUGUGAAUGAAACACAAUACUCGCCACUGAUUAGACUGUACUAUACAAUUUAAUCUACUAAAACGAAAAAUAAACUAGGAAACUAACUUUGAUUUCUUAUGAAAUAAUACGUAAUUGUCCACUUAGGCACUUAGGAAUGCAUCGGGUGGAGACUAACAAUUCCUCACUUUGAUCCGGACCCUUUUUUCUCUGGCACCUAAUUUGAUGAAUAUGAAAGCUGAUCUCCUGUAUAUGCUCUUUUCUGGCAAUUAAUUUGAUGAAUAUGAAAGCUAAAUCAAAAUCAGUUGCAAAAAAAAUAAAAAUAUGAAAGCUAAAAUCUCACAUAUAUCUUUUAUAGUGGUGAGUUCCUAUUUUGUCCAAAAGUUCCAUGUUUAAUGAAUACUAGAGAGUUUGACAAAAAAAAAAAAUGAAUACUAGAGAUUGGUGCGGAUAUUGGUUAUUAUAUUUUAUACAUUGAUAUUUGUUUUUCAUAAUUAGUUUUAUAUAUUUUAGAUGAGUCGUAAUAUAACUAAUUAUAUUCAAAAGAUUUUGACGAAUCGGAUAAUAUGGUUAUUUUUAGUUCAAAUAUACAAACUCAUUUUAGAUACAUUUGUUAUUUAGAUAUUUUUAGGUUUCUAUACAUCAUAAUCGAAUUCAUCCAAAUCCAGAAGAAGUCAACUCAAAAACCACACAAAGAUUUAUAAUAUUCAAGAUGUGCCUAAUUU